AUGGUUGAGACCUUCGAUCUCAGCUCUUACGAGUGUGAGCAACUCCCGCAAUUCCUCUGGAGGGUCACUCACAGUGAGACGCAAUCUCUUGGCUACAUGGCAUCGGACAGUACUCAGACGUUUCAAAAUCCCGGCCAUCUAAAAGAUGCAGUCUCCAUACAUAUCCAUUGGAGACAUCGGCCGAGCUGCUUUCUGUCCACCUUCAGCGACCGAGAUCACGCCAUAAACUGGGCAAAAGAUCGCUUCAGAAGGAAUACGCAAGCGGGGACAACCCCUGAUGACCAGAUUGUCGAAAUUCAUGAGAUAGAUACCACCAACUUGUCGAUAGGCACACACGUCAUUGCCAUGGACUGGCUCAAGUCCGCGCUGCACCUGACCUACGACUACUCUAAACACGAGUACCUGAUUCUCCACCGGAUUCCUACAGAGUCGGUUGUCCGUGUUCAAAGUCUCAGCGAGAUAGAAGAGGAAGAGCGAACGGCGGCGCUUUCGACGUCUGUAUUGAGUUCCAAGACGGUGCGCCUCUCUAAGCAUACCACAUCACUAGGCUCGCCGCCAUUCUCGAAACCGUCUCCCCGGUGUUCACGCAACGCUGUCUCCUCCUCGCACACCACGGCUUCGGGAGCUUCUGAGGCCGGACUGCGCCUCCGUGCCAUAGGUGAGGCAGCAAGUACGGUCAGCAAUGAGCUAGCCAACGUAGCCGAGACUGUCGCUACCUUCGUGCAACUCCAGGCGGAGCUGGAAAAUACGACAUCCGUCGAUGAUCCAGAACACAAGCAGGUGCUAAGCAGGCUUGUUGAUACACAAAAUGCAAGUCCCCCGGCGGUGGCUAACCGUGCUGCCAAAGACUUGAAACCUACCCAUCCUCUGAUUGUUUCAAGCUCUCCGGUGUCUCUCAAGAAAUCUAUCCGACCUAAGACGCAGUUGCCUUUCUAG